AGUUGAUAAACUGGAAAUGCUUCAUUCAAAGUCCUAGCUGGUUCCUUUCUGAAAGGGUAUUCUGUUACCCUCUUCCAUUAUAACCUCCAUGUCUGCAUGAUUUUGGUAAAGCACCAUGAGUGGAAUGCCAGCCUGUAUCCACCAAAUCUUUUACAUUUCUGCCACCAAUUUCAUCUUCCCUCUAAUCUUCAACAUUGUACUAAUCAUCUUCAACACAACUAUUGUUCCUAGUGAUGAACUCUUACUCAUUGGCUCAUUGCUGUGGUUGAUCAACAACUAUGUAACUGGCAUUGAUGUACUGUGUGCAAUGGUCUGGUUCUCCAGACCAGAGUGGGUUCGAACUCGCAGCAAGCCAUUAUCUGAUGACAUGUUUUCACUCAAACCGGACUUGCAAAGGGUAUAUGACACUGGCAGGGAAUGUGGGAGUGAAGGUGUGAUGGUUGGUAAGAAGUUUGCCACACCUGACAUGACAGGCUUGGACACUGGCCCUGCAGUGGAAGAGGAUAAGUACUGUACAGUGUGACCCCCAACCCUUCUGAAGUCAAAACCACAUUAGGUUCUUUGUAACAUACAGUGUACAAGAGAUUGCUUGUGACUGGUGCACACAGGCAGCUGAGCUGGUCAUCCCAUCCCCAAUUUGAGUAGAUGCCAAAGUCAC